CACCCUCUCUUCCCUCUCUGGAAAUAGCUCUUCCAGCUGAUUCAUUGGCUUAGCAGCUGGGGGGGGAGGACCCACGCACUGCUGAAAUGCCUCUUCAGGAGGGGCUGCAUUGCAGCAAGAGAGGAGAGAACGAGGGGGGACGGGCGCUCCUGGCAGGCCCCCGCCCAGCUGAAGGCAAACGCAGCUCCCUGGCAGCAGAGCGGCAUCUUUUGCACCGAGGGGCAGCAACACCCGUGCUCUUUCUCAGAUCCCGCCAGUAAGGAGGAAGAAAUGAGGGACACGGUGAAUUCCCAGUACGAUUCCUUCCUUUACUGGAGAACGCCCAUCCCAGAGCUGGACCUGUCCGAACUGGAGUGCCUGGGACUGGCCGACCUCGCCCUCUACAAGCCCAAGCAGGGCUUCAGCAGCCUCAUGUCUGCCCAGCAGCAGCAGAAGCCAAGCCUGGGCGGCGCAGAAGAUGAGGAGAGCACCCUUCUCCCGUUCAGCAGUUUUAAUUUCUGGAGGGCCCCCAUUGCAAGCAUCAGCCCUGUAGAUUUUGACCUCAUCUGAAGCCCGGGCACGACAGCAGCAUGACAGAAGCAGCUGGUUUUUUAUUGCCCCCCCCAACGGCUCCCCCAACGGCAUUCUUUCGGGUGGUAUUCUCUCCUCCAGCAGACAGUUCCCCAAACUUUCCUGUGGUUUCUCUGUGCCCGUGUUCACACUUUCUUAAGCUUAUGUUUCUUAAUUGUUUGCCAUAAAACAAGGUGACUGUUCAA